CACCCAUGACGGCUGGCCCAGGCGGGGAGGUGGAGGGGAGGCUCCUGGCCCCGUCCCUUGCUCACUCGGGCCCAGGACACCGAGGAGAGCUCCGGGCUGCGCUGGCGUGGGCGCUCGGCCAGCACCAUGCCCCGGCCGUGGCUUCUCCUCCUCCUCCUCCUCCUCCUCCUCCUGGCUGGGAAGAGCCUGGGAGAUGCUGAGUACGACACCCCCAAGGAUUUCCAGGCUGUCUACGUGGGCGCGAAGAACGACAUCCACGAGGUCCCGGCCGCCACCAAGCCCGGCGUUGCUGAAAUGAUCUUCCUGCGCACCAGCAUCACGGCCGUGAGGGAAGGGGCUUUCAGGAACAUGCCCGACCUGCUCAAAAUCUUGUUCAUCAACACGAAGGUCCGGACGGUGGAGGCAGGAGCCUUUGAUAAGCUGGGGAAGCUGCAGGAGCUGGAGAUCUCGGGGGCCACACUGGGCAACGUGCCCGCGGAGGUCUUCAGGCAGCUGACCAGCCUGUGGUGCCUGGACCUGCGGGACAGCCAGGUGCAGCAGGUCCCCAAGGGGCUGUUCGACGACUUGGGGAGCCUGGGAGAGCUCUUCUUGCACAACAAUGAAAUCCCGUCUCUCCCGCCGGGCAUCUUCGACGCGCUGGCCAAGCUCACCUUGCUGCACCUGGCGAGAAACAAGCUCCAGGCGCUGCCCCCGGACGCCUUUGCCAAGCUCCCUCAGCUCCGGGUUCUCCGGCUCUUCGAGAACGGGCUGCAGGAGCUGCCGGACGGGCUGCUGGACAGUCAGGCAGAGCUCAAGGAGCUCAGUCUGAGCAAGAACAAGAUCAAGGCGCUGCCCUCCGGGCUGCUGGAGAAGCUGUCGCUGCUGGAGAAGCUGUUCCUGGAUGGGAACCAGCUCGAGGGUCUUCCCAGAGAGGCUUUCUCUGGUCUGGGCAACCUGCGGCAGCUGAGGCUGGGGUCUAACCGGCUCGGCGCGCUCCCGGAGCGCUUGUUUGGGGCCAUGCCGCAGCUCCGAGAGCUGGACCUGGGCAGCAACAAGUUGAGGUCUCUGCCCCACGGGAUCUUUGCCAACCUCCCUUCUCUCAGCAAACUCGUCUUGUCCCACAACCAGCUGGAGACCCUGCCGCAGGCCACGUUUGCCGGGCUGGCCGCGCUCACGGAGCUCAACCUGGAUGCCAACAAGCUCUCCUCCCUGGACCUCGGGGACCUGGCUUCCCUGCCCCAGCUGCGCACGCUCAGCGCGCGCAAGAACCGGCUGCAGAGCGUUCCCGCGGGGCUCCUGCAGGCCCUGGGGCAGCUGCGCGCCGUGUACCUGAGCGGGAACCCGUGGCGCUGUGACUGUCACCUGCGUGGCCUGCGCAGCUGGAUGCAAGCCAACAAGGACAAGGUGAAGGAGGUGUCGCAAGUGCGGUGUGAAAGCCCUGACGCGCUGCAAGGGGAAGUCAUCGACUUGCUGGGAGAAGACCAGCUCGUCUGCUGGAGCACGGUGCCCGCAUCCACAGCCCCGACCACGCUGUCUUCAUCUACCUCUGUUCCCGUGGCUCUGGCACCACCCACGGCUGCAGCCACCACGGUGCACUCCACCACCAUGCUGGAGCCCCCCACCACGGCAGCACCCACCACCACGGAGCCCCCCACCACAUUGCCACCAACUGCGGCAGCACCCACCACCACAUGGGCACCAUCCACGGCUGCACCCCCCACCGUGGAGCCCCCCACCACGGCAGGACCCACCACCGCAGACACCCACCACCACGGAGCCCCCCACCACAUUGCCACCAAACCCACCACCACGGAGCCCCCCACCACGCUGGCACCAACCACAGCAGCACCCACCACCACGGAGCCCCCCACCACGUUGCCACCAACCACAGCAGCACCCACCACCACAUUGGCACCAUCCACGGCUGCACCCACCACCGUGGAGCCCCCCACCACGUUGUCACCAACCACAGCAGGGCCCAGCACCACCCUGGCACCAUCCACGGCUGCACCCACCACAGCGGAGCCCCCCACCACGUUGGCACCCACCACAGCAGCACCCACAGCGUUGCCCAACACCACAUGGGAGGCCACCACCCUGGAGGACACCCGUGUCUCUGGUAGCACACGUGUUCCAGUGACGCUCGUGCCCGCCACAGCUUGCCUCGCGCUGAGCGCCACGACCGGAGGCACUCCGGAGUGGUCCACGGUGCCCCCCAGCUCCGAACUGACCCCGGCGCAGGAGCCGGCCACGUCCCUGCCCACGCCCACUGCCAAAGCGUACGCCUCGUCUGCGACUUCACAGCUGGCUUCUCUCUCCACCACAACCACCAGCCGCCUGCCUGUGGCCAACAGCACGAUCUGGGGGCCUUCUGCAUUCACUGCCCCUGUGUCAACCUCGGCCCCGCGCCGCCCUGCCUCCACGCCGCCACUCCCGUCGCGACUGCACGCCUGGGGCUUCGCUCUGGGUUCCAGGUACAGGUACUGCCAGGUGUCCCUGGUCCUGUACCUCGCUAUGCUGGUCAUUGAAGCGUGCUGCACCGUCUGCCUGGGGAAGUUUGUGUACCUGCUCUACCAAGCCACGCACCUGAAAGAGCUGCUCCCCGCGCCUGUGAAGCUGGUGAGCGUGCAGCCCGGGCGAGCAAAGCCGUAG